AGCUAAAAAAAGAGUCAGUGCUCAUUUGUGAGAGGUGGUGUGAGGUCGUGCAGCACUCGGUGUGUUGGAUUUUGUUUUACACUAUGGGCCAACAUGUAUCAAGAACUGAUUUCGAGUGGACAUACACUGCUGAACCUCAUGCAACAAGACGAAAGGAAAUUUUAAAGAAACAUCCAGAAAUAAAGGAAUUAUUUGGGAAUGAUCCUCAUCUAAAAUGGUGGGUGUUGGUGCUGGUGACCUUCCAGUUUCUCUCUCUCUUCGUGGUGAGAGGGCUGUCAUGGCCAUGGGUCUUAAUCCUCUCGUAUUGUAUAGGAGGAACAAUAAACCAUUCACUCAUGUUAGCUAUUCAUGAAAUUUCUCACAACCUCGCCUUCGGACACUCAAGACCAUUAUCCAAUCGCAUUCUUGGGAUAUUUGCCAAUUUUCCCAUCGUUCUACCAUUUUCAGUAUCCUUUAAGGGCUACCAUCUAGAACACCAUAAAUUCCAAGGGGAUGAGAAACUGGACACUGACAUUCCAACAGACUUAGAAGCCAAACUGUUUUGUACAACUCUUGGGAAGAUGGUGUGGAUGUUCUUCCAGCCAUUGUUCUAUGCUCUGCGUCCACUUAUUACAUACCCAAAGACGCCCACCAUGCUUGAGGUCAUCAACACAACUUUGCAACUCGGCUUCAAUUUCUUAGUUUUCUACUAUUUGGGUGGUAAAGCUUUUACAUACUUGGCAGCAGGAUCUCUUCUAGCUAUGGGUCUUCAUCCAGUUGCUGGCCAUUUUAUCUCGGAGCAUUACAUGUUUAAACGUGGCUUUGAGACAUACAGUUAUUAUGGGCCACUCAACUACCUUACCUUUAAUGUUGGUUACCAUAAUGAACAUCAUGACUUUCCUUAUGUCCCAGGAUGUCGACUUCCUAAGGUUAAAGAACUGGCUCCAGAGUUUUAUGAUGAGUUGCCACAACAUAAUUCGUGGGUAAAAGUAAUUUAUGACUUCAUAACUGAUCCCAGCAUUGGUCCAUAUGCCCGCAUUAAGAGGAAACAUGCUGGCUACAGUAAAGUAGAAUGAGUAAGAAGAAAGAAGAAACUAUUAGGAAAUAACAGUGGUUUAAUAAUUUGAAUUACUAUGUGUAACCUUUUAUGGGUGUGGUGAUAGAUUUUAUAGUCGAUAUUCUCUUGUAAGUUUGUAAAAAUAUUGCACAAUAAUAUAUGCAUGAAUGUUAUGAAUAAAAUUACACAGUACUACAACCAGUUUUGAUAAUGAUAUACUGUAUUGCAUAUUGAUAUUAGAUGAGCAUCCAUAUAAAGUACUUUUGGGAGAAGGGGAUCAAAUAUAUACCAAUUUUUAAGCUUGGCUUUCAUGUUCAACUAACCAUCACCUAAAUUCCCCAUUUCAACUGGUAUUUGGGUCAGUUCAGAAGAUUCUUUUUAAAGUCAUGUCACUUAAAGAAUAACAUCAAAAGUUAUGAAUUUGCAAGAGACUGCAUCAUAAUCACUGCCAUCUGACAGGUUGCCACGGUAUCUUCAGGCACCAAGAGUAACUAUAUUUAAAGUUGACAUAUUUAACUUGGUGCCAGGAGGCUUAAACAAAGCUGAUGUUCACUUUGAAUGUGGACUGUAUUAAGAAUAAUCUUGCAGCCCAUAAUCUGAAAUGAUUGGCUUACGUUGACUUAUGUGACAUACUCGUAUAUAAUUUAACAGUUUGACUAAUAAUUAAUUAACGCAUAAACAUGUAGAUAUCCACUUGAUCACUUAGGUCACUAGUUCCAAGUGUUUGAUUUUUUCAGUCUAUAAGCCACAAACCCUUUGAUUCCCAGGCUUUCUUUGGGUUUUGUACAUAACUCUUUUUAAGUGUGCUGCCAUUUUUAUAACUUAUUGUCGAAAUAACGAACUGUGUUAGGUCCUGGGGUGCAGUUUAUAUUUUGGACAACAUGAAGUUUUCCAUAUUGCUUUUGUCUAAGACAUAAUUUACUUUUCUGUUGAGUUUUUGUUGUAUUUGCUUAGUAAAUUUGGGUGUCCAUAAAAAUUUGUGGCAAAAAUUUCCAGCUAGCCUACCAGUACAGUACAGUACAGCCACUCCUCGACUUACGACGGGGUUAGGGACCCAAAUCCAGGUCCUAUGUCGAAUUGGUCGGAAGUCGAAAAUGUGAAGAUAAUACAUACAAAAUCUAAAAUGGGUGUCUCUUUUUCUUCUCAGCACCACAAAACUCUCACUUUUAAGCUUGCCAGCCACUUUAAAGGGAAAUACAAACGAAAAUUUUGUCAGUACACAGCGCAAUCACUAACACCGGGACUCGAAAAUAUGUAAUUUGAAAAAAUUUUGGUACGACUGGGGCGGUUGUAUGUCCGGGUGGUCGUAAGUCAAGUUGGCCGUAAGUCGAGGAGUAGCUGUAUUCUAUGGUGGCAGAAACUGGGGGAGCUUUACUUUGCCCGUUGAAAGAUUUGAAGGCUUAUGUUGUUAUCUGUGAUUUUUGUCGUGUUUGGUGUCCACUGCAGUAAAGCUUUUGAUUUAA